AUCAAAACAUAUGGCUAAAAAAUCUAUAGCAUCAUCUUACACACACUAAAAAAGAUCCAACAUGCAAACAUAACUACUUGAAAGAUCCUAAAGACCCUAAUUCAGUGACUUGUAUGUUUUGUGAGAAAACCACUAAGAGGAGAAUCUUUAGAGCAAAACAACAUCAAGUAGGAAAGUUUAAAAAUGCAGCGCCAUGCUUAAAAUGCCCUUCAGAUCUGAAGCAAGAAUUGGAAACCCAUAUGAGUAAUAAAAAAGCACAAACAAUGGAAUCAUAUGGCUUAUUACCUGAUUUAGGUGAUGAGCCAAUUCGAGAUGAUGUCGAUGAAAUUGAAGAUGAAAUGGGUCAUGAAUUGAAUGUUAGUGGAAAAAGGUGGGAAUGGGAAAGAAUAAAAUAGAAGUAGCUAGUGGCAAUAAGAAGGCAAAAUCAAUGGGAAAGGGUCCAAUGAAUUUAUGUCUGAUUCAAAAACUAGAUAAAAUAGUUCAACAUGGCAAAAAAGGAGGGAAGCUUAGACAAACAAGCAUGAAUGAUGCAUGUGACAAAGAAGCAAGAGUUAGAAUAAUUCAGUAUAUUGCUCGAUUUUUUUACCAAGCAGGCAUACCAUUCAAUGCUGCUCAUUUAGACUCCUUUAAGUGGAUGAUUAAAGCUAUUGGCAGGUAUGGACCAAAUUUAAAACCUCCAAGCUAUAAUGAGUUGAGGGUUCCGCUUUUAAAAAAGGAACUAGCUUACAUAGAAGAUUUAUUGAAGGGACACAAGGAUGAAUGGGCAAAGCAUGGUUGUUCUAUUAUGUCUGAUGGAUGGAAAGACAAGAGAGAGAGAACUUUGAUAAAUUUCUUCGUCAAUUGUCCGUUGGAAACAAAGUUUGUGGAGUCUAUUGAUGCAUCCUCUUUUGUGAAAACGGGAAAGAAGACUUUUGAGUUGCUUGAUAGUUUUGUAGAGUGGAUUGGAGAGGCAAAUGUUGUUCAAGUGAUAAAUGGCAAUGGAAGCAACUACAAGUUAGCUAGGCAUCUGAAGUUGGGAAAAUGAGGGCAUACACUAGACAACAAGCAAGAUCUCAAUGAAAUGCAUCAAGUUCAAAAGUAGUAAAUAUUCAACAAGAGACUGAUUCAGAGGAAGAUAAAGGGAUUAAGGACUACAAAUCUGAUGAAGAGGAAGAAGAGGGAUUGGAUGAUGAUGAUGAUGAUAUGGUGGACGUUGAAGAAGACAAUGACUAGAGAAUUAGGAUUUUGAAUUUGCAUGACAUAAUGAAUGAAAUUGAACAAUGCAUCUAGAUCUAGAAUUUUAAAUUAUAUUAUGUGCUUUGUGAUUUUUGUCUUAACAUUUUGUGUUAUUAGAGGAAAUAAGGAAUGCUUUUAAUCUAAAAGUUUAAAAUAUAUAAUAUAUUAUGAAAUAUGAAUAUGAAAUUUGUCAAUUUAUUGAUAGUGUAAUAUGUUAUAUUUAAUUAUUUAUUAUUUUAGAAUAAAUUAGCGCCUCACUUCGCUCAAGCAAUAAAGGACCUUCUCGCCUUAAGGGUGCCUGGCGCUUUUGACAACAUUGCUCCAACCCAAAUGCAUCUACAAGAGAAAGGCAAGUGACAUUUAACAGGUGCUUGCCUUGUUCCAAGCGCAAGGCUCUAGAAAGGGGCGCGGUGCGCCUUCUUUAUUUCCUCCUCUAGUGAGCAAUUCCAUUGGCAAAAGACAAUAUCACUAGACUCUCAAGCUCAUGGGCAGAUCUACCUUAUAAUGAGUGCGGUCGAUUAACAACACUCAAUUUUUUUUUAAUUUCCUAUACAUACAUGAAA